UUCGGUGAAAUGUUGGGCCUUUCCCCGGCCUCUGUGGAGAAUCAGCAAGUGACAGUGUGGUUCCCUUAGGGCAGGAACAGAGGCAUGAUGUUUUGUCUGCAGCAGUUUGUGGAGUUGUGAGAAAUAGUGGAAGUUUCAGAUUGGUUUUGAUAAUCUCACUUUCCUGACAUCCGCUCAAGUGCAACAAUCUCGAAAUGAAAGUGUAUCUGGAAAUGGGAUGGAGUCAGAGACAGGAGCAGAAGGGGACCAGCUGGAAUGGAUGUGUGUUAUAAUGUUGUUGUCGGCAGUUUCUUCAUUUUCCAGGUCCUAUAUCAUAAUGUCACUCCCCGUCUCUCCACUCUGCUCAGCUGUGGAUACAAGAACUUAUCUUGGGAACAAAAAACGGAAUGGAACUCAAGAUGUGUCUCCACGAUUCAUGCUCUUGUGGUCGGAGGACUAGCUUUAUAUAUCCUUUGGUUCGAUGAUCUUGUCAACAAAGACCAUAUCUGGGGGGAUCCCAAACUCGUGAAGCUUAAUAUAGCAAUCGCUUCAGGAUACUUGAUUAAUGAUUUAAUGCUGCUUGUCUGGCACUGGAAGACAUUGGGCGAUAGCUUUUUCCUCAGUCACCAUUUGGCAGCACUCUAUGCGUACCAGUAUGUGCUGGGACGAGGCCUCCUUCCAUAUUUUGCUAAUUUUCGCUUGAUUGCUGAGCUGUCCACACCAUUUGUAAAUCAGCGGUGGUUCUUUGAGGUUCUGCGGUUCCCCAGAAAUGCCCGGUUGGUUGUGUUGAAUGGUGUCGCCAUGACUGUGAGCUUCUUCCUUGUGCGCAUUGCUGUGAUUCCGUCCUACUACAUUCAAAUGGUUUCUACCUUUGGGACAGCAGCCUUCCACCGCCUGGGCCUUGGGCCACAGUGUGCUUGGAUCAUUUCCAGUGUUGUCCUGGAUAUUCUUAACACAGUCUGGAUGUACAAAAUCGCCAAAGGGUGCUGGAAAAUUCUGUUUACAUCCCAGAAGCACCGGAAAGCUGAACUCACUAAGAGUUUAUAGAGAAGUAGCAGGUUUUCCAGGUUAAGUCCUUUCUGCUGAAACUUUAAUCAUUCAAUCAAUCUACAUCAAAUCAGCACUCUUGAAA